AUGUUUGUUUCUCGUGGAUUGUCAGCAAGUCAUGCUGGUCAUCGUUGUACAUCAUCAGCAAAAUUUACAAAUACACGACGAAUAAGUCAUGAAGAAGAACAAGUGCCUGAUAUUGAAGAUGAAGCACAUCCAACGCGAAGUUUAAUAUGUGCUUUUGUAUCUUCAAUAUUUUGUCCUAUUCUUGGAUGCAUUGCUUUAUUUUAUGGUAUCCGCGCUGUACGUGCGCAUAAUCAAGGUUUCUAUGCUGAAGCAAAUACAUUUAAUAAACAAACAAUUCGAUGGUCACUAAUAACAUUUAUUAUUGGUCUUACAAUUGGUUCAAUAAUUGGAUUUAUAUUUUUUGUGAAAGCUGUUGUAUUUAUUUGA